GCAGCCGAUUAAAACUUUUAUCAAUUAUGGACAAAAAUGCCCUCGUGCAGUUUAACCAUUAUACCCCUAAGACCUCAUGUUAUUUGACUAUUUUACCCUUUAAGAAUAUUACAUAACCCAUUACAUACAACCACAUACUCUCAUCUCCCUAAUUUCCCUCCCUCCCUCCCAGAAUGUCUCCUCCUUCCCCCAUUCAAACUCCUUCAUUUUCAUCCCUAUCCAGCUGGCAUCACCCACCAUCAGGCCCCUCCCACCAGCAGCCAAGUCUACCUAUCUUCCUCCCCUCCUCUUCCUCUUACAUUGUCAAUGGAAACCUCGAUUGCUUCCUCUCCCUCCAUUGAUAAAGAAGAAAUAGUUGACCCAUCAAUACACCACGAUUUGGAGUCGGAAGAUCACAUAAUGGAAGUUGAGAAAACAAGUCAUAGAUGUUGUAGCGACGGAGCAAAAACCGCAGCAAGAGAGAAUCCUGCACUUACAGUUGGACACACAGUGCCAAAACUUUACUAACUUUUUGGACUCUAGUGUCUAAAUUAUGUACAACUAUUCGGAUAUUAAUAUCCGAAUAUUGUCAACAUGGUUGGACUCUUAUAUCCGAAUUUAGUGCCAGUUUUCAGAUAUUAAUAUCUGAAUGAAAUUGCAGAGAAUCUUACAUUACCUGGUUUGUCUUUGGGUGUUACAGGGUGACACUUCAACACUUGGUAGUUAUGUAGGGCCAUCGACUAUACCUACUUCCACUCGUCAUCCAUACGAUUAUACAGAGCAUUUUACAACGGAGACAGUUUUUCCUUCUGAUGAAGCGUUGGUAGAUUGGAUAAGAUGCACUGGUAAACAACACGGGUUUAUCAUUGUGAUUAAGGGUUCUGAGAAAUGUAUUAAGAAUCGCAGACCUAGGAUGAGGUUUUCAUGUGAAAGAAGCGGUAAGUAUAGGUCGUUUGUGAAGAAGGUUGAUGGGAAGGAGGUAGCUGUGAAGAAGAGAAUGUGGUCCACGGGCACCAAAAAAUGUGAAUGCCCAUUUGAAUUGAAAGCUGUAAAGGGCAAUGAUGGUUGGACUGUCUCUGUCCGUAAUGGCACUCACAACCAUCCUUCAGCGGUGUACUUGGAGGGCCAUUCGUAUGUCGGGAGGUUGUCGGCAGAGCAGACUAGCACGGUGGUUGAUUUGUCAGUUGCUUUGGUGAAACCCAGAGAAAUCCUAACCCAUUUGAAGGUUCAAGAUAUUGAGAAUGUAACGUCUAUCAAAACCGUGUACAAUGUACGACAAAAGUACCGAGUGAUAGAGAAAGCUAGGAAAUCUCAAAUGCAACAUUUGUUGGAUCAGCUAGAAAAGUGCCAGUACGUUCAUUGGACCCAUGGGAACGAGACUGAGAAUGUCAUAGAGUUGUUUUAGUCUCCCCCAUCUGCUGGAGAGAUGUUGCGUGCUUUUCCCGGAGUGUUAAUGAUGGAUUGCACAUACAAGACAAAUAAUUACAAAUUUCCUUUGCGUCAAAUUGUUGGUGUAACAUCGACGGAGAUGACUUUUUGUGCAACGUUUGCUUUCAUGGAGUGUGAAAAAAAGAAAAACUACACUUGGGUCUUGGAGAAGCUAAAAGGCAUGA